AUGAGAUUUGCUUAUGUAAAUAUAUUGGUAGGAUUUGUUUCCCAAGUUGUCUCGAUUGUUCGAUCGCUCCGAGCUGGAUACAAAUUCCUUAAAAUCCGCGAUACGGUUGUCGUUGUUGUCGUUGUUGUUGUCGCUGAGCCAGUCAUGCAUACACCCUUACGUAAUAGAAAUCGUUGUUCGAACAUUCUUCGUAUGUGGUUUAUUUUCUGUCUUCAUCUUCUCGAAACAAAAUCCACGAUUCCUCGCAACAAAACAGGGAUGAAACUAUUUUGGAUCGUUUUGCUUGCUGUACUUAGCUGUGCGAUGGCUGAAAUCUAUGAAAUACCGCUUGAGGAAGUCGAACCUCCGGUGGUGAAGAUGUUACGCGAAGGAACGUGGGAUGCAUAUCGCAAGAAAAUGAAUCAUUGGCGCUCGAAGCUUGUGAAUCCACAGAAUACUUAUUCAAACGAUAUAUAUAGCUACUUCGAUAUCGGAUAUGUCAGCAAAAUAACCGUCGGCACACCAGAUCAGACAUUUCGUGUAGUACUUGAUACAUCGAGUGCUGAUAUUUGGGUUGUGGAUCAUACUUGCGCAUCAACACCUCUCGUUUGUGAUGAUUCCAUAUGUGAUCAAGGUGCGAUCUGCGAAAUAUUCUGUCCGGAAAAUGUGUGUUGCGAAAAGAGGUUGCAUAAGAAGAGGAAUCCCUGCCGAGGAAAGGCCAAUUUUGAGUCUAAGAGAUCAUCUACCUACCAGCAAAUGGAAGGAAAGUGGUCAUUCACUUACCGAAGUGGUGCAAGUGCGGAGGGUAUCUUCGGAAACGACACUGUGCGAUUCGGCGAAGUUGGAAAAAAGCAACUCAUAGUGCCUAAGGUGAAAUUUGGCCAGGCUCUCAAACUCAAUGACGACUUCUUAGAUCGUCCUCAUGAUGGUUUCGUUGGAUUGGCAUUUUCUUCACUCUCCUUCAAUGGUUUUGUUCAACCAUUCGAGAUAGCACAUCAACAAGGAUUGGUUCAGCCCGUAUUCACUAUUUACAUGGAACGUGUUGGAGGGAGAGUACAAAAUGCAUUCGGUGGAGUGGUGACAUUCGGUGGUCUUGACACAAAGCAUUGUGGAGAUGUAAUCGCCUACCAACCGUUAAGUGCACCCUUGUACUGGAAGUUCAAUAUUAACAACGUUACUGCGAAUGGCGUUGAACUCAUGGGAUACAUGCUGGAUGCCAUAUCAGACUCAUCUGCUACAUUUAUCACCAGUUAUCCCAGUAACAUAGAAAUACUGGCUAAAGCACUGAAAGCUAAACCCAGCGAAGAUGCUCUCUACUACAUUGACUGCAAAGCGGAUGCGUCUAUUUCGAUUGGCAUUGGCAAUCAAGUGUACCAAAUUGAUGGAAAGAACCUCAUCAUUAACGUUGCUGAUAAUUCCUACAUCAAGAAAUCAUUUCUAUUCUUUCUUAAUUCUGAAAAGAAACUUUCUGCUUUCGCUCCCACUUCAUCUAUCGUUACCGUUGUAUUCGAGCAAGAAAAAAAGGAAGCUGAAAUCUGA